AUGUAUCCAAAGGAGUCUAAGGAGUUAGAGAAGCAAGUGCGUGAUCUCAUGGAUAAAGGGUACAUCAAAGAGAGCCUCAGCCCCUGUGCGGUACCAGUUCUCUUAGUUCCAAAGAAGGAUGGUACAUGGAGGAUGUGUGUUGAUUGUCGAGCAAUCAACAAUAUCAUCAUCAAGUAUCGACAUCCCAUUCCAAGACUAGAUGACAUGUUGGACGAGUUAAGUGGUGCAAUCUUCUUCUCCAAAAUUGACUUGAGGAGCGGCUAUCACCAGGUCCGAAUGAGGGAAGGAGACGAGUGGAAAACCGCGUUUAAAACCAAGCAAGGUCUCUAUGAGUGGCUUGUCAUGCCAUUUGGGUUAACCAACGCCCCAAGCACCUUCAUGCGACUAAUGAACCAGGUUCUAAGGUCAUUUAUUGGUUUUGUAGUGAGUAAACAGGGCCUACAGGUGGAUGAGGAGAAGAUUAAGGCAAUAAGAGAAUGGCCUACUCCAACUUCGAUUGGACACGUUCGCAGCUUUCAUGGUCUCGCACGCUUCUACAGGAGGUUCGUCAGGGAUUUUAGUACAGUGGCUGACCAAUGA